AUGGCCGCGGGUGCCUGGGCGGGGGCGCGGCGGCGGCCUGAGGGCGCGGCGGCGCGGGGCCCAUGUUCCGGGGUGGUGCGGACGCUCAGCCGCUGCCUGCUGCCGGCCGAGGCGAGCGGGGCCCGCGAGCGCCGGGCCGGGGCCGGGGCCGGGGCGGGGGCGGCGGCGGCCCGGGACGCGGAGCGCGAGGCGCGGCGGCGCAGCCGGGACAUCGACGCGCUGCUGGCCCGGGAGCGGCGCGCCGUGCGGCGCCUCGUCAAGAUCCUGCUGCUGGGCGCGGGCGAGAGCGGCAAGUCCACCUUCCUGAAGCAGAUGCGCAUCAUCCACGGCCGCGAGUUCGACCAGAAGGCGCUGCUCGAGUUCCGGGACACCAUCUUCGACAACAUCCUCAAGGGCUCCAGAGUUCUUGUCGAUGCACGAGACAAGCUUGGUAUUCCUUGGCAGUAUUCUGAAAAUGAAAAGCACGGGAUGUUCUUAAUGGCCUUUGAGAACAAAGCGGGGCUGCCCGUGGAGCCGGCCACCUUCCAGCUGUAUGUCCCUGCACUCAGUGCUCUCUGGCGGGAUUCUGGCAUCAGGGAGGCCUUCAGCCGGAGGAGUGAGUUCCAGCUGGGUGAAUCCGUGAAGUACUUCCUGGAUAACCUGGACCGCAUCGGCCAGCUGAAUUACUUUCCUAGUAAGCAAGACAUCCUGCUGGCGAGGAAAGCCACCAAGGGAAUUGUGGAACAUGACUUCGUGAUCAAAAAGAUCCCUUUCAAGAUGGUGGAUGUGGGUGGCCAGCGGUCUCAGCGCCAGAAGUGGUUCCAGUGCUUUGACGGGAUCACGUCCAUCCUGUUCAUGGUGUCGUCCAGCGAGUACGACCAGGUGCUCAUGGAGGACAGGCGCACCAACCGGCUGGUGGAGUCCAUGAACAUCUUCGAGACCAUCGUCAACAACAAGCUCUUCUUCAACGUCUCCAUCAUUCUGUUCCUCAACAAGAUGGACCUCCUGGUAGAGAAGGUGAAGACGGUCAGCAUCAAGAAGCACUUCCCGGAUUUCAGGGGCGACCCCCACAGGCUGGAGGACGUGCAGCGCUACCUAGUCCAGUGUUUUGACAGAAAAAGAAGGAACCGCAGCAAGCCACUCUUCCACCACUUCACCACCGCCAUCGACACGGAGAACAUCCGCUUUGUGUUUCACGCUGUGAAGGACACGAUCCUGCAAGAAAAUCUGAAAGAUAUUAUGUUGCAGUGAGAGAGAAAGCCUCCUUACCUUUGUCAUCCCUGACAGCCUCCGUGGGUGCAGAUGAUCCAUGUGGUCCUUGAUUUGGGUUCCUAGGAUCCACGCCAGGGACCGCCUGGCUUACUGGAAAGCCAGGCAGACAGAUGAGCUCUAGGCAGAAGGACGGAGAAACCGAUGUGAGCUACUGAAUCCUGGGCACUAGUAAAACUACUGAAAGCCAAGGGAUCACUUGGGUAUUAAUUUGUAACACCUAAUAACACAGCUUUCCUUCUUCUUACAUAACUUUAUUCCUUUGCUGACACAAUUUACAUUGAGGCUUGUAUGUGUGUUUACAUGCAGGCACGCUCUCUUUAAUGACGAGAGUGUAGAAACCAAGCGGCCUUGCAGAUGGCUUCUCUAACUCGCAAGUCUUUGGUGAAGCAAACUAACAAAGUGUUGCCUAAUGGUAGCUUGUAGAGAUCAAAUGCGUGCUGAUGCUGCUAAACUCGGGGGGGCGCGAGCCUGGCCUCCACCCCCAGACGUAGGGUCUGAGUGCCACCUCCCAAAGCAAAUGCAUUGCCUUUGAAACCCGUGCCGUUUCCUGAGAGCCACGAGUCUCGGUCCAUUAGAUGAAGCCAAGUGGCCGUGCCCGAGGACACCCCCAGUUCUAGAGAACAGGACUGAAAGUCGUGGUGGCGUGGAGCUGCUUUAACACGGGCACCCCACGCGCAGUCUUUCUUGCCUGGUGGAGUCACCCAGAAACGCAGCGUGUACUGAAAGGGGGUGGAGGCUGCACGCUGGCCGUGAAGGCUCCUCUGAAGGCACACAGUGGUGCUUUUCACUUCUCCCGGCCCUCCCUCCCUGCCCCCCUCCCAUGGCAAAGACACCGAAGCCAGGUAGCCUUGCACAACUUUGUCUUAAUUGCCAGCCAUCUUUUGGCACCUACAGUUGGCACAUUUGGAGUGUCCUUCUUUUGGAAAUCGUAUGGUGCUUCAUAUUCCUCUUCUGGAGCACCCAAACGCCCGCAGGAUUACAACAAAGUGCCUGCUGAUGCCACAGCUGCUUGGUGAGUGCCUCACGGCUGGCCCUUCCGGAAGUCUGCAAGCCUGGGAGGAACCGGAGCCUCUCCAGGUGGCAGCUGCCCCGUCCUGGGACAGCCGGUCCCUGCGUUCAGCCCCGUUCGGUCGGGCUCUCCCCCAGGCCUCUUGCUUCUGUUAGCGUUUCCACGCUGCAGGUAAACAGCACCGGGCAGCGCUCUCCUCUCGGGGGAAAGGCAGUGAAUGUUGACGGGAACUGGUGAAUCUCAAGCUCAUUUAACUCCUCCGGAUACCUGCCAGGUGUCUUAAACUGUGUUUAAAAAUAUAUUGCAUUCCCAACUGGUCCCCUCUGUGUAUUACACUACUAAAUAGUCUGUCUGGUUUGGGACUUUUCCUAGCAUUAAAAAGAAGCUCCCCCUGUAACUGGCACCAGAAAGUCACUGCAGCUUACUCACAGGCCCUGGGCCCUGCCACUGCGUCCCUCCGUGUCUCACCUGGGCGCGCUUUCAGCCGCCGCGUGGCAGGCGCUGACCCAGAAGAGGAAGGAAAAGUCUGCUUCCGAGUCAUCCGUGUCAUCCCGGUGUUUUUAAUUAGGAGACAACAGGGAAUUCUCUUCCUCUUUGGUGCUCAGGGGUUUGUGCCAUUGCUUGCUAGGGUUUGGGCGGUUUUUAUUUUGGCUGGAAAAAAAAGUUGUUUUUGUUCUGCUUGCUGUGGCUGCUCCUAAGCUGAAAGGACGUGACCCGGGAUUAGUGCCCACGGCGGAGUGUGGAAGGAGGAAGACGCCCUCGCCGGGGCCCGGCCGGCACGCUCCCUCUGCGGCAGCGCGGGGUGGCCCACAUCCGCUCCCGCGCCGUCCCGGUGUGCCAGGGAUCCCGCGGGGGAAGCGGGCCGGCGUGGGGGUGGAAGGCCGCGCUCGCGGUGCUGUAACCGCUGGGCCCGUGUGCUCCCUUCCUCGCGGGUGUUAGCGUGGCCGUGUCACUGCGUGUUUCCCUUCCGACGGUCGGGCACAUUCACUGGUUCCCUUUCAGAACCAGAGCCUGGGAGGAGUGGAACCCAGAUCGAGGCUGGAAGCCGGGGCAGGCAGCCAGAGGUCCUGGGUGGUCCAGCCAGCGCGGUGGCCCGUCCGGGGGCCUCACAGCCACUUGGCUUUGCCGAGCUCGAGCUCCCUCUUUUGUGUAAUGACCGAGGUGAAUGGAGGCUCCUUAAAGAACCCUCCAGCUCUAAAUUCUGUGAUUUAUUGUUAUUGGUGAAGAAGAUAACUAUUUGCAAGGCGAAACUAAAAUCAUGUGCAACUUUUCUAUUCCUAGAUUGUAACCAUUUUGUCUCAGAAGCCUUAGGCUUUGGGUUUUUUAGUGUUUUAUUUUUGGGUUUUUUUUUGUUUUUUUUUUUAAUUUCACUGUUAUCUGUGAAUACUGUCUUUUUUCCUUGAGAUGUUAGAGAACCAGGAGGUAGUUGUGCCUCGUCUAUUACUGCAAAGAUGUAACAAUAAACUCCCUCAAAAUAAGAUAUUUCCUCAUAGUUAUACUGUUUACACAUUAAAAACACACGUAGGUUUUUUACUGAAAUACAUUUUUAACUCUUCUGUUUGUA